CGGUUGCCUGUAAAUAAUGACAUCUGUGUAUACACAGUACAGUGGACUGUGUAUACGCCUGUAUACGUAUACGCAGUACAGUACAGUGUUUAUCCUGGCCACACGUGUAACAUAUUAGGACUCAAGUACUGAAAUUGAUUAUCCUGCUGCAAUGGCAGGAAAUCUGGAUAGGAAAGGUACCUUUAAGGUAGAAUACCUCCAGAAAAUUGAGAAAGAUGUGCAAGAAAAGUGGGAAAAAGAAAAAGUUCAUGAGGCUGAUGCUCCCGUAUCUCCCAAGAAGAGUCCUGAUGAGAAGUUCCUUGUGACAUUUCCAUUCCCGUACAUGAACGGACGUCUUCAUCUUGGACACACCUUCUCGCUAUCAAAAUGCGAGUUUGCAGUAAGGUUUCAAAGAAUGAAGGGGAAGAAAGUUUUGUUCCCCUUUGGAUUUCAUUGUACGGGAAUGCCUAUCAAGGCUUGUUCUGAUAAAUUAAAAAGAGAAAUAGAAACCUUUGGUUAUCCUCCUCAGUUUCCUAUUGAUGAUAAUACAUCCACAAAAACUGCUGAAUCCAAGGAGGAUCUUAUAAUUAAAGAUAAAAGCAAAGGAAAAAAGAGCAAGGCUGUUGCUAAAACUGGAUCUGCUAAAUAUCAAUGGCAAAUUAUGCAAAGUCUUGGUCUUGAUGAUGAAGAAAUAAAACAGUUUGCUGAUGCUGCUCAUUGGCUUGAUUACUUUCCACCACUUGCUAUUGCAGACCUUCGCAGUAUUGGUGUACACGUUGAUUGGCGUCGCACCUUCAUAACUACGGAUGCCAAUCCAUUCUUUGACUCCUUUGUUAGGUGGCAAUUUAUCCGCCUGAAAGAAAGAGGAAAGAUCUUCUAUGGCAAAAGACACACAAUUUUCUCUCCCAAAGACAACCAACCUUGUAUGGACCAUGACCGUAGCUCAGGUGAAGGGGUUGGUCCUACGGAGUACACGCUUGUGAAGAUGAAAGUUGCUGGAAAGGUCCCUGAGAAGCUCAAGAAGGUGGGCAGUAAACCUAUUUUUCUAGUAGCUGCCACCCUUCGGCCUGAAACUAUGUAUGGGCAGACUAACUGUUGGGUUCGACCAGACAUGCGCUAUAUUGCUUUCCAAACAAGUCUCCCUGCUGGUGAUAUUUUUAUCUGCACAGAAAGAGCUGCUCGGAACAUGUCUUACCAAGGAUACACUCCUACUGAAGGAAAAGUUGAAAUUAUUGCAGAACUGUUGGGGCAGGAUAUUAUGGGUUUGGCACUUAAUGCUCCUCUCACCUCCAAUAAAAUUAUCUAUACACUACCAAUGCUGACUAUCAAGGAAGAUAAAGGCACAGGUGUUGUUACUAGUGUUCCUUCAGACUCUCCAGAUGAUUAUGCUGCAUUUAUGGAUCUGAAAAAGAAACAACCUUUCCGUGAGAAGUAUUUAAUCAGUGAUGACAUGAUUCUUCCUUAUGAACCGAUACCUGUUAUUGAGAUUCCUGAUUUGGGAAAUAUGUGUGCUGUCUUUUUAUAUGACAAACUCAAGAUUCAGAGCCAAAAUGACAAGGAAAAACUACUGGAGGCUAAGGAACAGUCAUACCUCAGGGGCUUUUAUGAAGGGGUAAUGUGUGCUGGACCCUUCACAGGGAAGAAAGUGCAAGAUGUGAAAAAAGAUGUUCAAAAACUACUGGCUGAUGCAGGAGAUGCUAUCAUUUACCAUGAACCAGAAAAAACUAUCAUAUCGAGGUCCGGAGAUGAAUGUGUUGUUGCCCUAUGUAACCAGUGGUAUCUUGAUUAUAAAAAUGAAGACUGGAAAGCUCAAGCAAAGAAGUGCCUUGAUGAUAUGAACACCUAUCAUGAGGAAGUGAGAAGAAAUUUCACAGCAACUCUCAGUUGGCUACAUGAAUAUGCUUGUUCUAGGACAUAUGGCCUUGGUACUAAACUUCCAUGGGAUGAGCAGUGGCUCAUAGAGUCUUUAUCUGACUCUACUAUUUACAUGGCUUUCUAUACUGUGGCUCAUUUUCUUCAGGAAGGCACUUUCCGUGGAGAAAAUGGAAAUAAAAUGGGAAUCAAGCCUGAACAGAUGACCCCUGAAGUUUGGGACUACAUAUUUUUGAGGAAAGAUGUUUAUCCCAAAGCAAGUGGUAUUCCUAAGGAACACUUAGAUGUCAUGCGCCGAGAAUUUGAAUUUUGGUAUCCUGUUGAUCUCCGCGUAUCAGGAAAAGAUCUUAUUCAAAACCAUCUUAGCUUUUUCCUCUUCAACCACUGCGCCAUGUGGCCUGAGGACAAUAGCAAAUGGCCCAAAGGUGUUCGAGCCAAUGGACAUCUUCUUCUAAAUUCUGCAAAGAUGUCAAAGUCUGAUGGAAAUUUCCUGACUCUCUCUGAUGCUGUCCGUAAAUUCAGUGCUGAUGGUAUGAGACUGUGUUUAGCUGAUGCAGGUGACUCUGUGGAAGAUGCAAAUUUUGUGGAGAGUAUGGCAGAUGCUGGUAUUCUCCGUCUUUAUACAUUUAUUGAAUGGGUGAAAGAAAUUCUUGCUACUAAAGACUCUCUGCGAACUGGUCCAGAUGACACAUUCAAUGAUAAGGUUUUUAAGAGUGAAAUAAAUUUGAAAAUCAGUGAAUCAGAAGAAAACUACAGUCGUAUGCUAUUUAAAGAAGCACUUCGUACCUGCUUCUUUGAGUUUCAAGCAGCUCGAGACAAGUACAGAGAACUUACUGCAUUUGAUGGUGGCAUGCAUCUGAACUUGGUUCUCCAAUACAUUGAAACACAGGCUCUGAUUCUAUCUCCAAUUUGUCCACAUGUAUCUGAACAUGUUUAUCAAUUGUUAGGCAAAAACCACAGCAUUGUGACUGCUAGGUGGCCCACUGGAGGGGCUGUAGAUGAAAUUCUUGUGAAGUCAUCAGCAUAUUUGAUUGAAGCUGCUCAUUCUUUCCGUAUUUUGCUGAAAAACUUCAUUGCGAAUCAAUUGAAAAAAGGCAAAGGCAAAACAACAGCACCUCCAGUGACACCUCAAAAGCCGACUGUUGGCGUUAUCUUUGUAGCCAAAAUAUUUCCACCUUGGCAAAGCACUGUUCUAACAACAAUGAAGAAAUUGCAUGACUCUAAUGGAGGUCUUCCUGACAACAAAGUAAUUUCUGUGGAACUUCAAAGCAAACCAGAACUAAAGAAAUACAUGAAACGUGUCAUGCCUUUUGUUCAAGCCACAAGAGAAAAGGUUGAGACAAUUGGACUGAAAGCCUUGAACCUCACUCUAGAUUUCGAUGAAACUGAAGUCCUUUGUAAGAAUGUUCACUAUCUGGCUUCUACAUUGGAUUUGGAUGAGGUAGUUAUCAAACCAGCUGAUUGUGAUGAAGCACCAGAAAAUGUGCGUGAAGAAUGUUGUCCUGGUGUUCCCUAUAUGACUUUUGGAACAAAGCCAGGUGUUAACUUGACUUUCAUCAAUCCCACCUGCCACAAUGGGUUAUUUACCCAUAAUGUGCCGAUCUAUGAUAAGGAUACGGCUGAAAAAGUUGCUUUGCGCAUCAUCAAGAUGGACAAGGGCAUAAAAGGUACUCAAACAGUUGAACUAUAUCGAUACAUAGAUCCUGAGAUGGGCCCACGCACCAUACCUAAUUUGAACAGUCCAUUGGCUGGAAAGGAGCUCAUACCAUCUAGUGCAGAAUUUCAAGCUGAUGUUACUACAGGAAAAGUGGAAGUUGCUGUCAAUGGAAAGAGUAAUCCAGUUGGAUCUCAGUUAUUAUAUGUUGUAAAGUAAAGAGGUGUGUCAUUAUUAAAUUAAUUGGUGAAUUAUAGAAUAAAAUUUUACAAAAUGUA